AUGUCCAAGCUUGCCUUACUAGCGAAGCAGAGACUGGAGGGCAAAAGCAAAGGAUUGGCUGGAUUGUCGCUGGCAGAUUCCGCCACCCGGCUGCCCUCUAAAUUGUCUCUUUUGGCAAAGUCAAGGGAAGGGAAAGGCAUUUUAGGCGGUGCCUUGAAUGUAUCCGAUAAGCCUUCGCUGGGACCGAAACUCAUAAAAAAGAAAGGCGUUCUACCGACAUCUGUGCCGAAAGUUGCUGCUCCUAUCGAGCUGCCUUCUGUAGUGGAGAGUAGUCAAACAAGAAGGCGAAGGAGGAUCAGACCGUCCUCUUCGGAGAACCGCGAAAAGGGAUCUGAAUCGAUCUCUAAGGAUCCUCCGUCGGCAACUGCACAAGAGCCUUCUCCUAUGGACGAGCUAUUGAGGGUUCUGCUCACUGUCGAAACUCGCUCACUUCAGAACAAACCGAUCUGUGAAACCUCUGUUGCAUUACUCUCCACAAAACGCGCAUACCCCAAUGUUGAAGAAAGUCAAAACAAACUUCGAAAAUUGGCCGAUAACAUAUUUCUUGCAUUUACUAACAACGACCCCAAUAUAGCCAAGGCAAAAGCUAAUUUCAACCGUCCGAGCCCCGACGACAAAGUCUUGGAGGCACAGAAACAAGCUUUUGAGCUGGAUUUGAAAAAAUUAAGCUUGAAAGAAGGAACUGUAGAGAAACGGUCAGGGACUGCGACUCCAGUUAUUACUGAGACCAAACCAUUUGUCAAACUCGACCUUGCCACGGAACUUUCAAAGUACGUUCAACCUCAUAAAUCGUUCGUUGUCAUUGGGCAUGUCGAUGCGGGCAAGUCCACUUUAAUGGGGCGUAUUUUGUAUGAUACUGGCACUGUUGAUGCCAAGACCGUGAACAAGUUAGUUAGAGAGGCAGAGAAGUCAGGUAAAGGUUCAUUUGCACUUGCAUGGUUAUUAGAUCAAACGACAGAGGAAAGAUCCCGCGGUGUCACCAUUGAUAUUUGCUCCACAACAUUUAAGACGGACAACAUAAUAUUCACCGCCAUUGAUGCACCCGGACACAAGGAUUUCGUUCCACAAAUGAUCAGUGGUGUUUCACAAGCUGAUAUUGCUUUGCUCGUGGUUGACUCCAUUAAUGGUGAAUUCGAAGCUGGCUUUGUCAUGGAUGGUCAAACCAAAGAGCACACGUUGUUGGCUAAAAGUUUGGGUAUUGAACAAGUCUGCAUUGCGAUCAACAAGCUUGACAAGGAAGAUUGGUCACAAGCUCGUUUUGAAGAUAUUAAAACCCAGCUCACACUUUUCUUGACAAGUAAGGAUGUUGGUUUUCAUGAAGAAAAACUUCAUUUUGUUCCAAUAUCUGGCUUGUCGGGCACAAAUGUGGUGAAGAAUGAUCGUUCAACUCCAGAAUUUGCUUGGUACAAUGGCCCAACAUUGAUAGGAUGUCUCGAAGAUAUAAAGAUCCCAGAAUCACACAUCUCGUCGCUGGAUGAGUUACUGUCCGAGGAAUUGAACUUAUCCAUCGGUGAAAUUGUCGAGAUCCUGUCUUCAGAAUUUCGGGUGCAAGGCAAAGUAAGCCUGGGAAUGAUUCAAGCUGGUGAGACAGUUCGUUUCAAUCCAACGAACGACUGUUUACAAGUUCAAGCUCUCUCUGUUCAAGCUAAAGGAGAACCUGUCGCCGUGCGUGGGCAGAUCGUUCAAUUGAGUUUCAAGACUGGUCAACUCAAGAACAAAAGCAUUGAUGACUUGGCUGUCGGAGAUUUAAUUCUGAACUUAGAAUCUGCUGUGCGCCUGGUAAGCUCUUUCGAAGCAUCAAUCGUUACAUUUCACAUGGAUAAGCCACUUCUUGUCGGAACUCCUUUUGUGCUUUUCCGUAACAAUGCCUCUGUCUCGGCUCGAAUUAGCAAGAUUAUCCUGAUAGCAAACUCCAAAAGAAAGAAGAUGCAUUUGGUCUCGCAGCAGGAGGCAAAGGUUGAAAUAGAAAUUGUGGGUGAUAGACUAUUUCCUGUCGCAGAAUUCAGCAAGAAUAAGGCUUUAGGAAGGGUUGUUCUCAGAAAAGAGGGAGCUACUAUCGCCGCCGGAACAGUACAGAGCUUGCAGAAUGUAGCUUAA